AUGAGUGGACGGAAAGUAGUUCAUCCUACUUUUCGUCCACUCCUUAGUCUUUGGAUCAAAGAAAUUAUCUCCUUAGAGCCUCUUAAUCAUCGUCUCCUUGUCUCCACUCAUUUUUUAUGCGUAAUUCUUCGUGAAAGUACUAAUAGUGAAUGCCCAGCCGUCGAUCCCAGAACAAAAUGCAACCGUUCCCUUCUCUGGGAAUUGCGAAGGAUUAGUGUUCUCAAUUAUUUUCUAAAAGUUCUCGUAAGUCUCAUCAUCGUCUAUAUCGAGUUCGAGGAAACAUCGGUACAUCUUGUUGAGGGUGAGGAGGAUUUGUAUGUCGAGAGCAUCGUUAAGGGUACGGUUAUAUAUAUGGGCAAUAAUAAGCAGCAAGAGACUAUUGAGGACGUCCCGUGUGGCAACAUAGUGACAUUGGUUGGUCUUGAUGAUGUCAUCACCAAAAGUGCUACUUUCACAAAUGACGAGAAAGUUGAUGCUCACAUAAUUCGGGCCAUGAAUUUCUUGGUUUCAGCUUUUAUGCAAAUUGACAUACAGUGCAAGUCACAGAGGACGACGUGA